AAAAGAGACUUCAUGCAGCGGUAUGAGAAAGCCAUCGAACCAUUUACGAAAGGGCGAGGGAUCAGAUGGGAGAUACAGGUUGCGGAAAUGGACAGGGAUUUAUGGAAUGAGAACGGCAUGAGCCCUCCACCGGGCGGUUCGGAUGGAGAAUUACUUUGGCGGAAGCUAGACAGAGCUAUCCCAUAUCCUGCCGAGCACUUGGAGCUGAGUUAG